CCCAGCUUCACAGCCACUCAGGAAAAAACUAUCCACCUACCGUACCUGUCUUCUCACUGUCUCAGCCAGUAGCAAGAAAACAUGGGCAGACAUAAAUUGUUUUUGGACAAACUGGCCCGGUCCUGCCAGAUCCGAAACCUGCUGCUUCGCCAGGCCAUGGCAGAGUGUCUGGGCACCCUCAUCCUUGUGAUGUUUGGCUGUGGUGCUGUGGCCCAGCUGGUUUUGAGCGAUGGUACCCAUGGCAUGUUCCUCACAGUCAACUUUGCAUUCGGCUUCGCUGCCAUAUUAGGCAUCCUGGUCUGUGGCCAGGUAUCAGGUGGCCAUCUGAACCCUGCGGUGACCUUUGCCCUGUGCCUGCUUGGAAGAGAGCGCUGGAGAAAGUUCCCCAUUUACUUCCUCUUUCAGACGAUCGGUGCUUUCUUUGGUGCUGCCAUCAUUUUCAGCAUGUAUUUUGACGCCCUGAUAAAACAUCCUGGAUCUUUCAAUGUGACUGGUCUUAAUGCAACAGCUGGGAUCUUUGCUACCUACCCUGGAGAACAUCUCACCCUUCUCAAUGGCUUCUUUGAUCAGAUGAUCGGCACAGCAGCGCUCAUUGUUUGUAUCCUGGCUAUUGUGGAUCCAUACAACAACCCCAUCCCCCAAGGGCUAGAGGCCUUCACUGUGGGAUUUGUAGUUCUGGUCAUUGGAUUGUCUAUGGGCUUUAACUCUGGCUAUGCUGUCAAUCCUGCUCGAGACUUCGGACCACGUCUUUUCACCGCUAUGGCUGGGUGGGGCGGCGAAGUUUUCACGGCUGGAAACGGCUGGUUCCUGGUACCCAUUUUUGCCCCAUUCUUUGGCAGCUUCAUCGGUGCGUUUAUCUACCAGCUGAUGGUUGGCUUCCAUACGGAGGGAGAAGCACGUGACCAGAAAAUCGCAAUAGAAGAGAGUGUCCGACUUACCAAUGUCACCACCAACGAUAAAACCAAAGACAAUGCCAAAGAAAUACACUGAGUGUGUUAGAGAGCUAACGACUCUAACACAUGCACCUUCUGUAAAUACCAACACACAGCAGAUACCCCCAACAGCACACUGUAACAGCACACUGUUGGGGUAUCGCCUAAGGCCACUAUCUUUACAUUAUAAUGUAAUUGGAUUAUAUGUAGAAGAAUUGAGUGUGAGUAUAGAGGGGCGAAACACAACUUCAGAAACCCAGAAUUCCAUUAAUUAUUUUAGGAGAUGUACAUUUGGCUCUUAGAGUCUAUAGCACUCCAGUUUGAACAGUAUUGUAUGCUUUAUACCAAUUUAGUUUUAUAUAACUUUUAUGUUGACAGAUGAACGUCUUUCGCAACCAAUGUCUACAGGUAUGCAUUUUGUCAGUCCAGAACCUUUCACUGAAUCUCACAUUUAAAUUUGGGGAAACUGGGAAAUAAAGAAUCCAAAAUUCAAUGUAAAAGUUCAAAUAUUGAAGAAUAUUUUAUUGUGAUAUUCCAUCAACUAGAAAACUUGAUCAUUUACCCUUUGUAUAGUCUUGCAUUGCCAAACCUCCACAAAUCUCCAUAGCGCUGUGAAGUAAGGUCUGCCCCUCCACAUAUUCUUUGUAAAUCUUUACAAUCAUUCCCUGAAAGAACCAUGCUUUCAUGCUUGGAAAUAUCUUCUGAUCUCCAUACUCUCCAAAUUUUCCAUAAUAUUUAGGGGUAAACAAUUAGGGAAUGGCUUUUUCUCUCCUAGCAAAAAAAAAGUCCUCUAUAAAAUGUUACAAAAAGUGUAACUGCUGUUUUGUAAUUGCUUUUUCCCCAUGUAUUGUACUCCAUAAUCAUACAUCAUCUAAAACUCAUAUUUUCUGUUUUUAUUUUUGAUAUUUUUUUUUACUUCAUAUAUUUGAUUAUUACGUUUCCAUCACUAUUAUGUAGUUAUAUUCUGUUCUGUAUGUACAUUUUCUGUUCUUUAUCAAAUUGUGAAAUUUUAACAUUAUUUAGGUGGAGGCUUCAAAUAAACUCAUUGGGUUUUCUGCCUCUUCCGGCACUGUACAUCAUGUUAUGUUCGUUUCAUUUGUCAUUUUAAAUUGUGCAAAAUAAAAAACUGAACUAAAACUU